UCCAGGCUCCCACUCAAACGGUACCUACCCCCCACUACCUCUCUUCCCCACCCAGAAAACCAUGUUCAAGCUCGCCUCUGCGUUCGUUCUCGCUGCCUUCGCCGCUGCCGGUGUGAUGGCUGAGCAACACACGGUUCACUUUUCCAACAACUGCGGGUUCGGCACUCCCACGCUCAUCCAAGGCCCCAACGUUCUCUCGACCGGAGGCGACUUCACCAGCAACGGCCCGCUCAUCAGCGCCAUUGCCUACCUCCAAACGGGCAGCUGUGGCUUCAACGGAGAGGGCUGCACGCUCGUCGAAUUGACGCUGACCAACGGCUUCUCCAGCGCCGAUAUCUCGCUGAUCCCCCCACAUGCGUUCUCUGUCACCUCGGGCUUCGGCUACUUCAACGGAUGCACCAACCCGAGCUGCCCCACGGCGUUCUUCAACCCCGACGAGACGUUCAAGCAGGUCGGAUGCCCCGCUGCGAACUGCAACCUCGCCAUCACCUUCUGCGAGUGAGCGGCGCAAAUCGCGCGAUCCAGUGUACAAUAUACAACAAAUUAGCACUGCUAUAUGAAUUGAAUUACCUACUUGUGAACCCAUUUCUUGUGAACGUCCGAGCGUCCCAGAUUUUUGAUUUUCAGGCUGUGU